AAUCGUGUGAUACUAGACUCCUCAGAUCAUGAUUACAUCAAUGCUAGUUACAUGAAGGGAGUCCACUGUACCUUCAUUACAACCCAGAUGCCGCUGCCAACCACUGUGUCUGAUUUCUGGUCUAUGGUCUUCGACUUCAAACCAUCCACUAUCGUUAUGCUUAAUGAUAAGGGCCAAAGCGACAAGAGCUGUGCACAAUACUGGCCUAACGAUGACUCGGCUAAGUUCGGAUCAUAUUCAGUUUCAAUCUUAUCAACAUCAUCUGAUGGAGACGUGACCACUCGGCAACUGAAAGUUACCAGAAACUCUAAAACCAGUCACACCGUCACUCAGUACCAGUUCCAUGGAUGGCCUAAACAUGGAUCAGAUCAACAACCAGGGGCUAGGUCGUUGGUCAAGCUCAUCCGUGCUGUCAAAAGUUCCACUAACAAAAAGAAGGAAUUCUCCAUUCUUGUCCAUUGUUUGAGUGGUGCUGGGCGAACAGGUGUGUUUUGCACUGCUAUGGAGUGUAUCGCUCAGAUAGCUGAGGGAGAUUCAGUCGAUAUUUUCCAGACAGUCAAGAUACUGCGAGCUGAUAGGAUGCAGUUCGUUCAAACCGAGGAGGAAUAUGCUUUCACCUACGAAGUCAUCCGUGAAUACCUGCACACUGAAAACUAUGAGCAGCUUCCAUACCCGAUAGAGGACCACACGUAUGGCAAUGUCGAGAUCGACUAUACACUUGACCCGGAAGAGAACCCGUAUGAGGUCACUGAUCCGCAGGAAGCAGGUGCCACCGCACUCAUGUAUGGCAAUGUAGAGACUGAGAGGAGCCAGGAUAGACCGAAGCCAGAGCCUCAACAACCCUACUCUGUAUACGAGAACUUUGCAUUUGAUUCUUAAAUUCAUAUAGCUUUGCGUUUGUUGAAUGGUGGUCUAUAUACGAGAACUUUGCAUUUGAAUCUUAAAUUCAUAUAGCUUUGCGUUUGUUGAAUGGUGUUCUGUACCCGAGAACUUUGCUUUUGAAUCUUAAAUUCAUAUAGCAUUGCGUUGUUUGAAUAAUGCUCUGUAUACGAGAACUUUGCAUUUGAAUCUUAAAUUCAUAUAGCAUUGCGUUGGUUGAAUGAUGGUCCUGAAAUCUCUAGAUGAAACUGUAUUUGUAGUUUUUUUUGGUUGUGAAAUAUUUUUCUUUUAACCUUAGAACAUAAAGUGAAACUGAAGAAACAUUCUUGUGGAGGGAGUUGUGGUAUAGGUGGUCCAUUUACUUGAUUCUCAAUCCAAGGUUGAGGGUUCGAAUCCCAGCCCGGCACCAACAUCAUAUGGCAAGCCAUUAAUACACAUCUGUACAGGUGCAUUAUUUUUGGUGAUCGAGUGAAUGUUCUAAAGCUUUUAAUAUGAAG